ACGAUGUCAACAACAUUUCGAAAGAACAACACUGCCUUUUCCGAGAAGACAUUGUGCAUUUACCGCUAACGAAUAUACGCCGAGAAAAGCCGCCUGUUAGGCAUGCUCACAUUACGCAGCGAGCGAGUUCCGCUAGAGCUACACUCGGGGUAGUGCGCAUAGAACGGAACAGCGGCAUUCCUCGUCGAGGCCCGAGGAUGUAAACGCUCCGCUCUCUGAUACUCCGCAUCCACCCAUGCGCAGCUGCUGUACCACUCACAACUUGUCUGCUCUUGGCUUCUAAUGACUCAUGGCGGAAUAUGCUCCUGCGUAUACUGGACACUCUGAGGUUAGAUAAUACAAGCUCAAAGCCGUGAGGAAUCAGCUGGGAUUGUCGCGAGAUAACAUCGGCGAUUGCGUAUAGCCGUGUCACAAAGCUGACAUGGGCAAGAAAACGCCGAGAAACCGAAAAGGACAUCCCAUCUACACCAGAGAAGACAUACGCGAACAAUACUGUCUCAGCAAGGGUGAGUACAGCGAUCUAGCUAGCAAGGAGAAACUACGGGGCGUUCAAUCGGAGAAGCCUCUCAAGGAAGCGAAGAAACCGUUUCUCGGGUCUCUCCUUAAGCGUGGCCACAAGCGGAAAGACAGCGUAGAGAUCGCACUCAAUGCGAACAAGGAGAACGUCGAGCCUGUAUUACAGGCUGGGGCAGGCAGUCUGGGUGGAAGCAGCGAUAGAGGACAACUGAGACACGACAUACGAAGGCACUCUUCCCUUCGAUAUUCAGAGGAACGUCUGACGAUACGAAUCCCACGACCACACACGUACGCGGGAGAGCAACUCGAAAAUGUCGUACUUGCCGACUUCGACGACAUAGUCGCCUGCAAGGUCGAGAUACAGUUUCCGGAGAAGCGCUCCAGGAUGUCGAUGGGCAGCCCGCCGGCAGUGGUCAGUGUGCGGACGAUGCCGCUGGUACGGCCAGUCACUCCCGUCCUCACAGUGCCAGUGACACAGGAGCUAACGGUCAGUCCUGGAACCUCGGGUGUCAUUGGCACUGUGGUCGGGUCGACUGAGGGCAUCACGCAACGACCGCUAUCUUCGGGGGGCGGAUCGGACAUCAGCGAGAACACGCUGCAAGUUCCACAGAGAGCCGAAGAGGGAACGCCGCAGAGGGCGUCGCUACGGCAGCGGCUGUCGAACGCCUUUCGGCGAUCGCGUCCGAACACGUACCACGUCGGCGACCCGACCGCCAGCAGCAGCGACGAGAAAGCCGCAAACUCUCACCACAAACCCGGCGAGCGAAGUUCGCUUCGAAAGAAACUCGGCGGUUCGAUCUUCAAGCCGAAACCGAAGGCGUCCUACACGCUACCGCAUGGUGGCGACGACAGCGACGCCGCCGCGGGAAACCUCGGCGAGUCGAGCACCGGCCAUCUUGUACAGAGCAAGUCGUCGAAGACGAACACGAGCCUGAGCGAGUCCGAGGCGAGCCCGCGGUUAGAGAAGCCGCAAGCUGACGUCGGCGCGCAGAAGCGCUACUCACUGCGCAGUAGUCUCGAGCGCAUGUUCCGCAAGCGCAAGCCGGACUCGCAAGACGAACAGCCGACGACGACGACGUCGCUGCAGCACGUCGACGUGUCGCCGGCGGCCAGCGACGUGAGCGUAGCGCCGAGCGCGAGAGUCGAGAACAACCGCGUGCCGAGAGUCGUCAUCAACGAACCGGACGUCGGCGAGUUCGUCGGCGACCUGCAGGAGAUGAAGUCGAGUAGCUUGCCGACGCCGCUGCAGCCGCCGCACGAGCAGUCACCGAGUCUACCGGCGCACCAGAGCCGCGUCGGCUACCGGCCACGACUCGACUAUCUCUACAUGACGAAGCCGCCGCCGCCGUUGAAACCGAAAGUGCUGCAUUACGAAACUGGAUCGAGUCGACCGGAGAGUCCGUCUAGUCCGACGUCGGACAAGAGCAAUUCGCUAGAGAAGGAUAACAGAGGGCAUAAAUCGGCGCUGUCGAAAGAGACGAAACGGCGGAAAUCCGGAAGUUUAGAAUCGCGUUUUGGUAGAGCCGGUCUAAAAAGUCACCACGGUUCAUAUUCGCCCGUUUUGUCAGCGAAGAAGUUCAUGCCAGACCAAGACCUCACCGUAGCUCAAAAGCACGGCAGUCUUGGUAAGCACAGCAGGAAGGCACAUUCCCAGAUGUACUGCGGACAUCCAGGCAUCUUCAAACCGAGAGAACCGAGCGUGCUUGUGUCGUAUUACAGUGCAAGUGCCGUCGCCUCAAAAGUUCCUCUUCAACAGCUGACCCAUAAUUACGACUCGGUGGAAAGUGAGAACGAUCCGUACCUCUACCCACCACACAUAGACAUCGGGCCUUAUAAAUAUGAAUCAUUGUCCAGAAAGUCAGACCCGCUCUCAAACCUCCGGUGGAAGCGAGCUGGCUACUUCAUUGAAACGAGAACAGUGGGCACACAGUGCCCAGACAAGGAGAAUGUGAUGUUUUACAUUGGUUCGACCGAACAUCAGUCACUAUCUGAUAGCUCCUCAAAGAGCCCUGCAUCGGGCUCCGACCACGAACAAAACAAGGGUAAGCCAGACUCAACAGAGAGUAAACCUGCCGAACAGAAGACAGAGGCAGGCAUAGAACCCCAACAGAAGUUCUCCAACUGUAACAUGUGCCAAGCCAUUCAGCGACUGUGCGAGCUUUGCAAGCAACGCAAAGCAGUCGAGAAGGAGAUAAGCCAGAUCUACAAAAAGAUCCAAAAUUCGAAACUUAGCAGUAAAACGAAGCAGCAGAAGCAGCGGGCGACGCCGUACGACACAUUCCUUAGCGGCCAACACAAUCGCUACGGCGAUCCGUUCCGAUACAAGCUACCUCAGCAGCGACACAACGCGUCAUUCUUCAAUAAACUCUCGGAGAAGUUGAAAGCAGAGACAAUCGCUAAACAGAUGCAGACAGCAGAGACGCAGCUACAAAUGCAGUCGGACUCUGGUAGACACGACCCGAGUGAUCGCGCACAGCAGGCUGUGAAGCUGGACAAAUGUGAGUCUGUCGAUGCCAACGAUAAUGUGUGCGAUAGGCUGCUGUCUGCCUCCCCGAAACAACACAAGGAACAACUCACGGAACAAGAGCAUGCCGCAAUCGAGUCCUACCUCAGCGAGCUGAAAAUGACAGAGGCAGAGCAAACACAGCAGGUUGCUAUGGCAAUGGCAGCGUUGAACAACAGAAAAACCGAGAAGAUGGUCGGCACGAAGGCAAGACAGGAGCGACUCCGACACAUCGAACACAUUGAGACGGAAAAACCCUCACUGAAAUCGGUAAUAAAAAAAGAGGAAAAGAAGGAGCAUAUAAAACGAGAACGAUCUCGAAGCCCCCACGUGCCAAUGUCGAAAUCCAUCCCCGGUCAAAACAUCCACCAGGAGAUGAUGCUAGACGAGAUGAGACCAAUCGAGAGCACCAUACCAAGUGGUCAAUAUUUGCCUCACUCUAGAACUGUGCUAACCUCUUCUACGUUAGCGCACGACACGAGAGCGCACACAGUACUCCCAACAACGCAGGGGUACUUGUACACGCAACGGCAUCCGAUGGCCCACAUGCACACAACAGCGCACAGCGGCAGCGUAAACUCGCCGAUGGUUGCCGAUCACAUGCACCAUCACCACUAUCAGGCGCCACCAAGGGUGCCACCCGUAACUACGCCGAAAUCCGUACUGCAUAAACCUCUAGUGCAUACGCCACUAGCCUACGCAGAAGGCGAUGUGCAAUACGCCACGAAAUCUACAGCCGUGAGCAUCAUAGAGCACAUUCCACACGAAGCCGGCCAGUACCGGCAACACCCGUCUGAGACUCACAGUCAGCAUUUCGUGUACCCCGAAGUAAGACACGCCCAGACGGCCACAUCGUCCGAUCAGGUGCAGUACGCGAUCCCGCGCACGAGAAGUCCGCAGUUGGUGUCGCAAGCAGAAAUACAGAGAUUGUUGUACGAUUGGCACCAGAUGACGCACAGAGACCACGCGGUUGCUACGGUGACUGCUCACGAUUCGAACGUGCCCGACAGUGCAAUCGAUAGCCACGCUGGUAAUUACAGUUUAGGCAUUCAUUAUACCGAUGAAAUUGACGAGGGCCGACCAUAUAGAGAGGUCAUUCAUUCAGAUAUGAAUGAUCCAGACCACUCCCACCAGCAAUAUGUUCAACAAACGUAUAGAAACUAUCCUCAUCUACAGAACAACGGUGGUCAGCACAUUGAACUAUCGUCAUUACAAUAUGAAACGCAGGUAGCACCGUACAAUCCAUAUCAAGGUAUUCCUCCAAGGCAACAACAAAGAAGUCCCCCCGUGCGAUCACACAUGGAAGCAUACAAUGAGCCGCAUCAGGAUGAUCGUUGUAGGCCCGAAGUAAGAGUGAAGGUACAUCCGCCUAUGUUGCAACACGCAGAUGAUAACCGCGGUACACCGCCCAUCCCACGCCACCGCGUGGAUCAUUAUGCGUGCACACCGCAGACACCUACACACAUGCAACAGCAGAGACAGGCAACUGCGGACACUCUGCAACAACGAGAAAUGCGCGGCUGUUACACGCAAGCCGUGUUGGAUUCUCCUAUGUGCGCAGCGGAGAGCGAGAAACACGCAUUACCCGGGUCUCCUCGAAACCCACCUCAGUACGGCGCCGUUCCAGCAGUGGUUGACUCUCGUAAGCCGCCGCCAUUAGAUCUGCGUGUACUUCAGCAGCAUCACCACCAACAUCACCCUCCUCAAGAACGAUCGCCAAAGCCAGCUGGGCAGCACGGGACAAAAGAGAGGAUUCUUCUUACCGAGAGCCUCGUGAAGAAACUAAAUGGUUCUCAGGGGAAAAGAGCCAACCACACACCGCCACCAAUAUCGCCAGGCACAGAGACAAGUCUGUCGGUAUCUAUUUCGCUUUCACCUCCCGAUUCUAAACGAUCGUCCACAAUGUCGCCAGAUUCGAAAAGAUCGUCUGCGUUGUUGUCAGAUCAUAAAGGGUCACUGUCACCCGCCGACACAAAAAGGUCGUCAAGUAAGUCACCGCUAGGGAGCGCGCCGAGGUCUCCAUUUGAAGAGAUUGCACAUCAGUCCGCACACUUGCCUCCGGACAGUCUCAUAUCGAGGCUAAUUCAAACCACGCAGAUGUCGGCGACCUUAUCACCGGUUGGCAUAAAACGAUCACUCAGUAAAUCUCCUACAGAACCUUUGCCGAGGCCGCCAAUGUCGGACGUAAUGCACCAGUCAACACAGCUGUCAACUGACGCGGUAUCGUUGCAGCCAGUAACCUCGUCACUUUUUACCAUGCACUCGUCCACAUCAGAGCACGGCAACGGUCAACCGCUAAUGUGUGAAAUCAUUGACGAAAACCAAAGCCACCAGCGCAUCUCACCAGAUAGUCAAGGCGGCGAAACUAAGCACACUCAGGCAGAUGACUGGACAACGGAGGACGUAGCCGCUAGAUCUUCACCUAUCACGAAGGCAUCUCAGGAAACAAAAAGUAAAAAGUCUACAAAACGACGCACGCCGACUCCGGAGCAAGCUACAGCCGAACCGAUUAUGAAACGAAUUAACGACAAUUUCACUCUCACACUUCACAAGAAAAUAAAACUGGACACCGACGGGCCAAACAGUGAAGCAGAUAUCAUAACCGACGAAAGACCAGCACCGGAGACCGUCUCCACGCAAUCCGUGCAAGCCAUCAGCAUACCGGACACCGUCAUGACCGACAGCGUGACUAGUCAAGUUCACAGUGACGUCAUGGACGAUGACAUCAUGACCAACAGCACCGGGACGUUGAUCAUCAAGAGAAACAUCGACGACGCGCACGGCGGUCUUCAACUCUACUCCCGAUCCGGAAGCGGAACUCUCACGUGCGAUAGCAGCGUGUCAAUGUCAGAAUCCAUGACGGAAUCAAUGGAACGGCAGUGCACAUCUCCCACACAAGAUACCCGCAACGAGAUCUACCAGAUCACGUCAGCAAGUGACAUUCCGAAUCGCAGCUGUUCGCUCUAUACGGACGCAGCCGCGUCAAUACAAGCAUCACCGACACAAAUACAAGCAGCAGAAGCACUACCAGCAUACUCCGAGGCAGGCCUUCCUGGAUACUCUGAGAGCUUACUAUUGCAGCAAAUGCAGCAGGGAUCGAGAACGAAUGUCCCAUCAACGCAUAGCCAGUACGGAGCGACUCCAGGCAGUGCUGCCCCGGUUAUAAAUGUCGUUGAGGCAAGCACACCGCAGGCUGUAAGACCAAAGAAUUCGCAGUCAGUGCGGCCAAAAACAGCGUCUGCGGAAAUAGUAAAAGUUGGUCAGAUACCUGUAAUAACUGUGGCGAGUAGCAGCCCACUAAAUCACAGUCCACCUCAGACGGUAGAACUUAAAAAUUUGGACGGCCAGACAACAUCUAGUCCAGCAAAGUCUUCGAAACAUCUGUCAAAGGGGCAAGUAACAGUGCCACCUAGUGAUGAGAAAAGGACAGCGCCAUCUAGUGUUCAGCAACUAGAGAGAGACCUGUCCACGAAAGUAGCAUCUGAAGGGGCAGUGGCCGGCGUUGAAACCUACGUGUACGCUGGGCCAUACCUGUCCUCAACGUGGAUAUAUAACUCAGAUGCUAGCAAGCUGCAGCUCGCCUCUGGCACUCAUGAUAAUGGCACGCCAGGCGAUUCAGCUGCAGCAGCAGAUAGUCGAAGACUUUCCCAAGAUUCUACAGCCUCGGAGAAGGAGUUUCGGGAGCGCUACACCGCCCUCAGAAAGGAGAUGCUGCACCAACGACCAAACAUUGUUUACCAACGCCCAGAGAAGUGCUCUUACAGCCACGACAAGACUGUGCUGGUUCAAAAAAAGAAAAAUGAAUAUGGUUUCCGAAUCCAUGGCAGUCAUCCGGUUAUUGUUGCUGAAGUUGACAAAGGCGGUGCAGCAGAACAGGCGGGACUAGGAGUGGGCGAUGCCAUAUUGUCCUUGAACGGGGUCAACGUGCUAGAGAUGUCGCACAGAGAUGUUGUCCAGUUGGCCAUCAAAGGACCAGACCCACUGGUGCUGGAGGUGUCAUCACAAGGUGUCAACUUCUACCAAGUCGACAUAGACCUUGAGAUGAAGAUACUGUACAGUGGCUACAUGGAUAUACUAGGUGGCAUCGGCACUCCAUCCAGAUGGCGCCACCGCUGGAUCGUCCUUAAACAGGAUAACGCGCUCUAUCUGUAUAGAUCUGAGGAGGACCGCGACCCGGUUGGAGUGGUGCAAGUUUCCGGUUGUACCGUGACGCAUCUAAAGGAUAGCAACCGACCGUUCUGUUUACGGGUGGCCCGCUACGGGGAAAGGACGUGGUACCUCUCUCCUGACUCACAGACAACUAUGGACACGUGGAUGCAAGUCUUGCAAGAAGCUGCAUUCAUCCUGGAUGCUGGUGAUUCCUGGCUUAGGAGCUGCAGUCGAAGAGCAGGGUUGUCACCUCUCGCUAUCGACUCUCCAGAAUACCACGGUGUCAUCACAGCACAGUUACACGGGCGCUGGCAUCAAUUCCUAGCAGUACUAAAGGAUGCGUGCUUGUUCCUCUACGCAAACGCUAACUCAACCGCUGCAGCUGGUGCCCUUCAUUUGCACGGGUAUACAGUUUCAUCCAAAGAGAUCAGACAAAGACCAACCCUGGAGCUUACACCGACGCAGCCGAAUCUGCAAACCUUCUGUUUCUUCACUGAUAAUGCAGAAUGCCACAAAAGAUGGAUGACUGCACUUCAACAUUCUAUUUCGAAAUGGGUGCGAGCAGAAGUAACGCAGGGUACGUGAUUCGUGCAAGGAAAAUGCUACGAGCCGCUGUGGAGCGAUUGCAUUCGGCAGAUCCAAUCCUCUGAGCACUGACUACACACACCGCUACCUGCUAAGUCGCUAAUGCAAACCUACAGCGCAGGAGCAUCAAGCGAAUCCGCGUCGUAUAGCUACGCUUCGUAAAAAAAGCGCGAAAAAUACGGCUGUAGGUUGUAGUAACGGUUGACUGCUGUAAGGUUCGGUAACCAGCCGCAAAUAGUGGUUGAAUUCGAAAUACAAGAGAGAGGAAAUUUCCCUCAUAACUCCCCCUUCAUGUGCAUCUGCUGGCAUGUGUGCAGAGGCUAUUAAACUUACACCCGUAUAAGCCCAUAAAAAUUAAAACAACAAACGACACCAAAGCCCUGAGCGAAUAUUAUAAGCUGGUUUAACAUGUAUCGCGUGACUUCUGAAGGCAUAUCCCGAUAAUCCGCAAUAUUAUAGGACUCCAAGCGAGGCAUAUAGAAAGUAUACGUGCGAUUUUACACGGUAAGAAAAAAUGACGAGAGGAACAUGUGUCAACCACGUAAUGAAGUUAGUCAUUCUGUUAUACGUGGAUAGAAGCGAUGGAGGUGAAAAAGAAACACGUGAACUGGUGGAGCGUAACAUAUUAACGUCUGUAAACUUAUUGAUAAACAGCAGGAGCAGGGGAGGCAACGGAUUGCCCGGAACAGGAGCUAAGGUCCCCAACGGGAACAUUGAACGGCCAGUGAGUUCCCGGAAUAAAAAAGCGAGUGAACAUUCAUGACCCGUAUGGUGCCAAAAAAAACACGUGUGUGCGACAGAGGUGGUUUAACAAUUUUCAGUACUAUUAAAUGUAAAUAUCACAUCCUUUCAUUAAGAUUAAAGGUUAGAGAAAUAAUUUGAUGGAUUGUUACUUAUAUUAUCAUCCUAGAUACCCUACGUCACUUCCUAGAUAGAAUAGUCGUGUUUAAGCUUCACACAGCACACCCAUGUUUAUUUAUAAUAAAAAAAACAUGCAUUGGAAACGGGAUAUCAUAUCUAUACUGGAAUCCGUAUCACCAUGCGUUAUAACAACACAUUUUGCCUUGAUAUAUGCUAACAAUUUUUGUUAUGAGCUUAUAAGACAAAGCUAAAUUACAUUAUAAAAUUGUCUUGCGUGACGCUUUUGUUGCAAAGCCAUUUUCUACAGCCUAAUAGGCGCUUUUCAAAAGUCAUCUAAAAUGGGACCGACACUAGUAAAUCGAUCGUAACAUGCAGUCUCGUGGCCAUUCUUAUGGUAACGAGAUGCACUGGUGUGGUUUAGUCGUGUUCGUAUAUUCCGUACUUACUGUGUUGAUUGCGUGUGCUUGUCUAGUCUAUUUGUUUCGUUCUUUUUUUUAUUUUUGCCGCACUAAUGCCAAAAAAUCGUGUAUAUAGGCCUACGGGCGAUAUCUAGGAGAAGGGAUAGUGUUUGCGUGUAUGCGCGCGCGAGUGUGUGACCUAGUUCAAAUAUUAUUUGUGUGUGUGAUUACGAUUGAAUGAUAUGCGGUUAUUACAAAUGUAUGAAUGCUUAAUGUUGUGUUGUGAAUAGAGUAUAUGUUUCCAUUGUGCCAACGAUGCCGCCCGCAUGUAAAGUCUUGUUCAAUGGUGGGCAUGUAUAAAAUCAGUAUUAGCAAUUUACUAGCUGGCAAAUGUCUUCAUAUAAUAUAUAAUUAAAGCCAAAUCUGUCAAUGUAAAUAUAUGUCUUACCGGUAACACAGACACGCGAAGAGCAAAGCUAGUGUAUUCUAUUUGUUACUCACAUUUGUAUGUAAAUAAUACAGGGUAGAUGAAACUCAGUCUGUAUCUAAGGCAAUUGUAUAAAUUUACAUAUAUUUUUAAUGGAAAGUGAUAAAAUAAACAUUUGAAGCCGAA